CAACUUCUUUUCUUCAGCGACAUUUGAAGCAUUCCAUUAGCUUUCUCCUUUUUUUGCUGUCUCUUUACAAUCUCCGUCGGAAAAAGGAGAUUUUCUGGGGAUACAAAAGCAGAGCUUGGUUUAGCUUUGGCUGAGAAGCAAAGUGAUCAAUUUUUGAGUUUCUUUGAUCUUCUGCGAUGGCGGUUGCGCCGGCAAGAGCUCGUUCGGACUAUGAUUACCUCAUCAAGCUCCUUCUCAUCGGCGAUAGCGGUGUGGGGAAAAGUUGUUUGUUACUGCGUUUCUCCGAUGAUACUUUCACUACUAGUUUUAUUACUACCAUUGGAAUUGACUUCAAGAUAAGAACUAUUGAACUUGAUGGGAAGCGUAUCAAAUUGCAGAUAUGGGACACAGCUGGUCAAGAACGUUUUAGAACUAUAACUACAGCAUAUUACAGGGGAGCUAUGGGUAUAUUGCUUGUCUAUGAUGUAACGGAUGAGUCAUCCUUCAACAACAUUAGGAACUGGAUGAAGAACAUAGAGCAGCAUGCCUCAGAUAAUGUCAACAAAAUUUUGGUUGGCAACAAAGCUGACAUGGAUGAAAGCAAAAGGGCUGUCCCAACUGCAAAGGGCCAAGCUUUGGCUGAUGAGUAUGGAAUAAAAUUCUUUGAGACGAGUGCGAAAACAAACCUCAAUGUCGAGUCGGUUUUCCUUUCUAUCGCAAAAGACAUUAAACAAAGGUUGACAGAAACCGAUACAAAGGCAGAGCCCCAAGGCAUCAAGAUCACUAAACAAGAUGCUGCUUCAUCUUCUUCUACAACCGAGAAAUCAGCUUGCUGUAGUUACGUUUAGGAGUAUGAUCGCUCUUUUUUCGCGUGCACCGGUUUUUAAUCUUUGCCAUCUUUUUCAUCUCUUACGUCUCAAAUCAGAGAUCGUUCUUAUGUUGUUACUUAGAACGAGUAGGAAAUCUCAUUGAUGGCUGUGAUCUUUAUGUCUAAUUUGUUAUCUCCAUAAUUCCGUACAAUGACCUUCCUGAUAUGGAAGGCUAUGUUGGUCGAAAAACUAUGUUAAAGACUUUGGAUUUAUGAAAAAUCAAUCUGUUGUAGUGUGUAUAA